AUGUUGUACCGACUGGUGGAAAACAGAGAGCUGGGGAAAGCUUGGGACAACCCCCUCAUGAAGCGACCGCUGACAGACGCAGAACUCAAAGCAGCUUCGUUUGGGGACGAGUACGACACAAUCGUACGCGACCCCCCAACGGUUCGUUUGGAGACUCUCAUGCAAGCCAUCGAAUGA